AUGGCGACCGCGCGGGACGCAGUGCAGUGCCUAAUGCUCUGCGUCGCCGUCUUGGCCGCAUUUUCCUGCAUUUCGAGGCCCGACUGCAACUUCCCUCUUUAUUUGUACUUUUGGUGGGUGUUUUUCUACGUGCCUGAGGACAGAAAGCGGCAGCAGCGCUCCAUGGUCUUCUUCAUGAUGCUUUCCUGCGUGCAAGACAUCAUCUUUUUGUUGUACUGGCCACCGCGGUGGCUCGCCCACGAGUGGCUCGCCGUCAGCAGCGCCGAAGAGGGCGUCCACAUUCUCUCUACGGUCCUGGGCCUCAUAGAGCUCGGCUUAAAGGUGCUGAUUCUGGCGCUGCUGCUGGUCCCCAGCAUUACGGAGAAUACUGCGGAAAUGGCGAAGAGGUGGAGCAGCAGCAACGGCUUAAUAAGGCUGGAAAUGCCUGCAGGGGGGCCCCCGCUGCAGCAGCUGCAGCAGCAGCAGCACUUUGGAAGGCCGGACUUGCUGCUGCCGCCUUACUACCUGCAGCAAAACUUCAGCAGCAGCUACGCGCGCUGA